AUGUCGUUCAGUCCAGGUAAUGGUACCUUCAUUAGAAGCGAUUCACCACAUACUGUACCAUCGAGUCGGCAACCGUCUUCAGAUCGCGUGUCGUUUUUAAAACUGAAAACAGUGUCAGUCUUUAAUCGACUUGAGCAUACAGCAGCAGAGAUGAACACCGAAAUGCUACAAGGCAUGGAUGAGUACGGCUUGGCAGCAAUCAUGGAAUCAGUGGGAGAUUUGAAAGCAACAUUCACCGCCGCUCACACCAGUUUGGAGGAAAUGGACUUUGAGUCUAUUGCCAGUGACUUGCCCUGCAAAUUCGAUGCUACAUUAGUGAAACUUAAGGCAAACCUGCAACGAGAGAUUGGGAGACGUAGCACAGGUCAGCACUGCUCGACAUUUAGAGCGAACACUGGUGACUCGCAGUCGAUCAUCGUGAAUGCCAAUCGUUCUCGUCUGCCUUUGCUAAUGCUACCGAAAUUUAGUGGCGCGUACACCGAGUGGAGCAACUUUUUCUCGAUGUUCCCCUCCGUCAUUGACAACGAUGGCGACCUAACGCAAAGCGAUAAGCUGCAAUACCUGCGUUCCUGCUUGAGUGGUGCUGCUUUGGAUACUAUCCAAUCUCUGGAGAUAAAUGAAACUAAUUAUAAAAAUGCAUUAGAUUUACUCAAAAAACGUUUUGAUAACAAGCGAAUUAUAUUUCAGGCACACAUCAGACAGAUCUUUGGGCUGGACAGGGCAGAUGCAUCCGCAAGCAAGUUGCGGGAGUUGACGGACAAGGUUACAUCACACAUACGCGCGUUGCAGUCGCUUGGAUCACAAGAACAAAUCGCUGACUGCAUCAUAGUUGAACUACUAAUCCAGAAGUUGGACAAGGCUACUCAAUCCAAGUGGGAAGAAAAUUCAUCUAGCAACGAACUGCCGUCGUGGGAUCAGUUAGCUGUAUUUUUGGAAAAGCGGUGUCGUACCCUUGAAAAUGUGGAGCAUGCCAUACAAACCCAAACGGAUCAAGUUGAAAGAAACAGUAAAACUGUAAGUACAAAUAUAAGAAAAUCAUUUGUCGUUUCGAAUGCCUCUGUAGGUGGUUGCGCCUUUUGUCGGUGCCCUGAUCAUAGAAUUUACCACUGUCAGCGAUUUUCCACUCUUUCUCCAAACCUUCGCCAAAAAGAAGUCAAGAAGCUCUCACUUUGCCUUAAUUGUCUAAAGGGUGGUCAUCAGAUGAGAGAUUGCAAAUCUGGAUCCUGUAGAGAUUGUCAACUGAAACACCACACGCUUUUGCAUUUUGACCGCACAUCUUCUGCUUCAACUUCUAUAUCAGGCUCAGUCACGCAACCACCCACGUUGCAAUCAAACACCAUAGCUGCAACAUCAUCUGUCCCUGGCCAUGCCCUCACUUCGAGAUCUCCAUCUGAUGCUGUGCUUCUAGCCACUGCAGUCAUUUUUGUCAAAAAUCGUGCUGGUACCUUCGUGCCAUGUCGGGCGCUUUUGGAUUCGGGUUCCCAGCUUCACUUUAUUACAAAUCGUUUUACUAAUCAAUUACAACUUCGUAGGACCAAAUAUUCGGCGGCAGUUUCGGGCAUCGGGGAUGCCAACCUGUCAACUGAAGGCUAUUCGGCCAAUGUCGUACUGAAGUCGCGGACUUCAGAUUUCUCAACGCACAUCACUUCCGUCGUUGUUCAAACAAUCACUGACAAUCAGCCUGGUUUUUCAGUGAGCAUCGCGGACUGGAACGUCCCUUCGAACAUCCAACUAGCUGAUCCCAAUUUCAACAUACCUCAGCGUAUUGACUUGCUCAUCGGAGCAGGACUAUUUUUCGAACUUCUCUGCGUUGGACAGAUGCAGUUGGCGCCCGGAUUUCCAGUUCUUCAAAAAACUGUUCUCGGUUGGGUGAUAUCAGGUGGUGGUCAACAGACUUCUAAGCUUUCGUCAUUUGUGGCCAAUCAAAGGUCUUCGAGAGACAUCGACUCUGAUACCCGACUAGACGAUUUGGUACGUCGCUUCUGGGAAGUAGAUCACGUUUUUGAGCCAAUCACUAAAACAACAAGGGAGGAGCUCGACUGCGAGGCGCAUUUUCAGCAAAAUGUUUCGCGUUUACCUUCAGGCGAGUACUCGGUUCGCUUACCUUGGAAACUCGGCACAGAAUCAUUAGGCGAAUCAUACACACAAGCAAAGCGACGAUUUGAGAGCCUUGAGCGCAAGGAAGAUAGCUCCACAACAAAGCUCAGGGUCGUUUUUGAUGGUUCUGCUGUCACAACUUCGGGCCUCUCAUUAAACGAGAUUCUAAUGGCGAGGCCGACCAUACAACCCAAACCUUUUAUUCGCUUUCCUCGAAAACCUUUUGAGCACAUCAUGGCUGAUUUGCCUAAGGAGCGCAUUCAGGCCUCACGAGCCUUCAUCGUCACAGGAGUGGACUACUGCGGUCCAUUUUACUUCAAACCCGAAACCCGUAAUAAGUCACCCCAGAAAUGUUAUAUCAGCGUCUUCAUCUGUUUCGCAACCAAGGCCGUAUGGAGGGAGCUAGUGAGGGACUUUCCAACAGGUGCUUUUUUGGAAGCUCUCAAGCUAUUUACGACAACACGCGCCAUGCCAAGCUGUAUUUGGUCAGACAACGCAACCAAUUUCGUAGGCGCUAAGAACGAGUUGAGAGACCUAAAACGCCUACUCCUAAGCCAAGAGCACCGCAGUAAGGUUCACGUUCACUACCUCAACAAUGGUUUCGACUGGCGAUUCAUACCACCUCGUUCACCACAUUUCGGCGGCUUGUGGGAAGCCGCAGUAAAAAUGGCUAAACAGCACCUGUACCGCACUCUUCGCUCUGCAAUUCUUGGUUUCGAUGAACUGCAAAAUCCAGAAGACCUUGAUGUUUUAACUCCAGGUCAUUUUCUUAUUGGCGGCCCGCUUACAGCUGCUCCUGAGCCUAACAUCACGCAUUUGAAUUACAAUCCACUCGGUCACUGGCAGCGUGUCACAUACUUCUAA